ACAAUAUGCGCGUUGCGAUCGCUCUGCUGGCUGCGAGUGCGCUUUGCGUCGCGUUCGCUGCGCACUACGCCGUGGGCUACGCCGCAGGUCCUCAGGCCACCCCUGACGGCGCGCUCGGCCGUGGCUUUGGCGACAAGUACGCGUGGUACAAGCUGGACGCCGGCAUUCGCCUGAUCGCAGACACGGGGCGUCCGGGCAUGAUUGUCGUGCACAAGUCGUGGUGCGGCGCUUGCAAGAGCCUCGGCCCCGUGUUCGCGGCAGCCAAGCCAGUCCUCGACGAGGCGCACAACUUUGUCAUGAUCAACGUCUUUGACGACGAGGAGCCCAGCACGCCCGACUUUGGACCCGACGGCAAGUACAUUCCGCGCAUCAUGUUCACGGACGGCCGUGGUCGCAUUCGCACAGAAAUCACCAGCCCAAACCCAAAGUACAAGUACUUUUAUGCCCAGCCGAACGACAUUGUCAACUCGAUGCACGCCGCCCUGGCCUUGGCCAACAAUCUCAAGAACGCUGCGGAACAAGUCGCUGAGCCCGCCACUCACGAGCACUCUGGUCAUGCCGAGCUUUAAGUCUAUUUGGGUGAAUGUGUGUGUGUGUACGUAUGUGUGUGUGUGGGUGUGUGCAGUGGUUGUUGUUUCGGUGAUUUUGAAACUCUUGAAAAUCGCAUGUUGUAUUUAUCCAAUAUGCACCACUUUCAGCGCAAAUACUGUAACUUGUUGGACGCUGCUU